ACUUCAGGAGGAUGGCGCGGAAAGUUGUCACACCGUCUCCCGGUGUAGAUCUCAGGUUGUGAGGGCUUUGUUUACAUUUUCCGUGGGCGAUACAGACAUUAUCGAUCAUGAGUGUGUUGGAGGUGAAGUUCAUCGGUGAUGGAGAUGUUCUGGAGCACAUCGUGGACAAACAGGAGGGUGUGCAGAGCCACGGUGGGUCUGUCCAGAAGAUGGUAACGUUUAAGAGUCCAGCCGGACGGAGGGCCAGAGAGGACGCAGAAGACGGAGGGGAUGAAAACGGAGCCUUUGAUGAGCAGAAUUAUAUCCAAGCUUUGGGAACAGACAAUACAGAAGAGGAUGAGGAGGGUAUGUCCAGAGUGGCUGGAUCCUCCAUUUUCACUUUUCAGAAGGUUAAACGAGGCCACAGCAUGGCCCAGACUGCAAGUGAGUUGGCACGGACCCCUGGGAAAAGCGUAACCUUCAGCAGCACCCCAAAUGUUGAACCCUCCACUCCCACCCGAACAGGCCGUCACCACAGAGGUGAAAGCAGGACUCCACAGAGGAGCAAGAAGGUCCAGUUUGUCUCAACAACACCCCACAGACUCAGGAAGAGAAUGACAACACCGAGCCUUCGGUCAGACAGCGACAGUGAGCUGUCGCCCUCAGACUCUGGGGAGGAGGAUGAAGAUGGGAUGGAGGAAGAGCAGAAAGUAAAGAAAGAGGAUAAGGAGAAUCUGAAGACUCCAAGAACACCCAGUAAAGGUUUAUCUGCAGCUCUCUACAAGACUCCUGCCAAGAAGAGCAAGAACACCUCUGAACCUGUCAACCAGCCCACUAUGGUUGAGGAGUACUUUGAGGCCCAUGGCAGUUCAAAAGUCUUGACAUCAGACCGCACCCUCGAGCGUUUACACACCCCUAAACUCGACAGGGAGACGUUGGUGCGGCUCUUAGAGGGAAAGCCGUCCUGCUACUCAAAAGAGAUCCAGCAGCUGCACAGCAAACACCGAAAGCACUUUAGCAAAUGGAUGUUACAGUUACAGUUGGGCUUCAGUGUGCUGGUCUACGGUUUGGGCAGCAAAAAGGCUCUGCUGGAGGACUUCCGUGUGUCUCACUUGGCUCAAGAAAUCCACCUGGUGGUUAAUGGAUUCUUCCCAUCCAUUACUCUUAAAUCAAUCUUAAAUGCUCUGACCUGUGAGGUUCUAGAGCACCAGGGAAGUUUCCGAACACCCUCAGACCAGAUCCAGUUCAUCACUCAGACCCUUAAAGACAGCCCAGAUCUUCAUGUGUACCUGAUCAUCCAUAAUAUCGAUGGACCAAUGCUGCGAGGAGAGAAGACCCAGAGUGCUCUGGGGCAGCUGGCAUCUCUCCCAAACCUGCACUUAGUGGCUUCUUUAGACCACAUCAACGCUCCACUGGUGUGGGACCAGUUUAAGCAGAGUCAGUUUAACUGGCUGUGGUGGGAGUGUGUGACGUUCCAGCACUACGCAGAGGAGACGUCGUAUGAAAACUCUCUCCUGGUGCAGCAGACAGGCGCGCUCGCUCUGUCCUCCCUCACACAUGUGCUCCGCAGCUUGACACCCAAUGCAAGAGGAAUCUUCAAGCUUCUGGUGAAAUUCCAGCUGGAAAACAAAGACAAUCCUUCAUAUACAGGAUUGUCCUUCCAAGAUUUCUACCAGCGUUGUCGAGAGGCGUUCUUGGUCAACUCUGACCUCACACUGAGGACUCAGCUGACUGAGUUCAGAGACCACAAACUGAUACGGACGCGCAAGGGUGCAGAUGGAGUGGAGUACCUGAUUGUUGCUGUGGACGCGAGCACAUUGAUGGAUUUCCUGGAGAACGAGGAGGGUGACUGAAAAGAGGACGCUUUAGACUUCUGUUGUCGCUGAUAUAAAGGCCCAGUUACACCUGAUAUGAGACAUGUGCCCGGCUUACAGGCUCUGCACAGUUUAAAUGAAUGGUUUAAAUCCAUUUACUGAUGAAAUGUAUUGAGUUGUCCUAAAUGCCCUUUAGGACACUGUGAUAUUCACACUGUCUGAAUGUAUGUAUGUUUUCUGCGAACAUCUGCGUAAGUAAAUUCAACAUUGAA